UCUAAAUGCAGUUGUAUUUAUUUUCUGCGAACAUAAACAAACUUUUGAAUUCCUAUUACUACAAUAAUGGCAACGUAUUAUUUUGUUAUUGUUGGACACAAUGACAAUCCUAUCUUUGAAAUGGAGUUCACUACUGUUAAUAAAGAAAUGCGUAAAGAGGAUAGUCGGCAUUUAAGCCAAUUUAUUGCACAUGCUGCAUUAGAUCUCGUGGAUGAGCACAAGUGGAGAACAGCUAAUAUGCAACUUAAAUCCAUCGACAGGUUUAAUCAGUGGUUCGUCUCCGCAUUUGUCACUGCCAGCCAAAUACGGUUUAUCAUCGUGCAUGACAACAAAAAUGAUGACGGUAUAAGGAACUUUUUUAAUGAAAUGUACGAAACAUAUAUUAAGCAUUCGAUUAACUCAUUUUAUAAAAUAAACACGCCCAUAAAAUCGCCGAUUUUCGAGAAGAAAGCACAACUAUUCGGGCGAAAGUGUUUGUUAUCACUGUAAAUUUUGAGAGUACAUAUGCGAAUAAAUGUAGAAAAAAUAUAAAAAUUAUAGGAAAUAAUACA